CGCGAACACAGCCCAAACAACGACAAAACAUCUAAUCUUAACCACGAACCACGAUGUCUGACGGCCCGCGGCGCUCUGCGCGUAAAACCAAGCCGGUACAGCGGGAGGAGCCCGAGCCCGCAUUGCCCGCAAAGCGCAAAGCGAAAGCCGCUCCCAACCUGGAUCCUGCGAAGCAGCUGCAAUUCCUGCUCGAAAACUCGCGCAGCAAGCUGACGAAGAUCGACCUUUCCCAAAUCGUGAACGGAGAGUCCUGGGAUAUGCUGACACCGGAGGCACGUGCCAAGCUCGUUCAGCUGUUGCCGCAGACGGCGCUCCUGCCAUCAUCCGAGUCGGACGGACCCGAGAGAUUGGAUCCCGCGUUCUUCAGCGACGCGCAUUUCCUGGCGGCGUGCAGGACCUUCCAGGACCAUCUAUACUCGAACUGGUUCUCUGAGGCGCAGAUCGCCAAGGUGAAGAGGUAUGAGGAGGGGGUGAGAGACGGGACGUUGUCUGCGCCCUGGAAGGACGAGGUGUGGGAGGAAGAGAAUCGGAGGGAAGGCCCCUCAAGUACACUCGCAGGCGAUGCGGCCGAGUUCAAACUCGUGGAUCUUGUGAAGAGCGGGGUCUUGAAGGCAGGCGACGUGCUCGUGUACAAGCGCAAAUUCACGGCCCUGGGUGUCACCGUCGAAAAGGAUGUUCUGGCAUGUCUUUUUCUCUUAAUCUGCGCGACUGAUCUGCGCCUCGCUGAAUGCCCUCAAUACUCAGAUCCACAGCAUUGAUAAGCGCACACACAACUUGACAGUUUUAUUGGAGUCCGGCACGACGCGGGAUCUGAGUCAGCAUCUGCUCAUGCCCGGCGCGGCCGAGCCUCAGGCCGACUCGACACGCGAAAUGACCAUCGCCAGCCCGACCCAGCUCGAAAGCGGGAUACUGGAUGUGGACGGCCGAGUCGGGCGAGCCCAGCGGCCCAAUGGGAAUGCAUGGAAAGCACUGUCCGUGUGGAGAUGGGCGGGGGACAGUUGGCAGAUGGAAGUGGCUGCCAGUGAUCGUGGUGGGCGGCAGGACCACGGGACAUUGUUCUACUUGCGUGCAUGCCAUUAUCAAGAUAGAUAGAUAGUUGUACACGCAGACUUGAUCGCCGCCGACAUUGGAGGCUCUCCUUAUCCUCGGAUCGACCGCCUCACAAAAGACGCCGACUGCUUAUUGUGCCAUGUGUUCGGCUAUUGAUCGAGUCAUUUAUAGAGCUGCCUUGAAUCUCGACCGUUCACUUGCGCCUUGGGCGGCUGCCGGCUAUGUCUGUCUCUCCCCCGAUUCGUCGUCUCUCCACAGGCUCGGCGACCAAGGAAGAGCUCAUCAACGCCUACGAGGCUGAGGAAGAGCGCAUCACCAACGUGCUGUACAAAAGGCUAGAGCAGCUCAAGGAAGAGAAGAUCGAGCUUGAAAACACACUAGAGGCCGAAUCCGAGUCGCAUGUGAACCGACUGACGAGAGAGCUCGCUGCCCUGCGCGCGGACCGCCAACAGCCGUCGAGCUCGGCACUUCCGCUGUCACCGGCCGACCCAUCGACGGACGCUAUGAUCGCUACCCUGCAGCGGGAGAACGAGAUGCUACGCUCGAGGCUCGCGGACAUGGAGAGAGAGAACGUGCAUAGCUCGCGGCUGAGCGAAGUUUAUCGGGAGGAACUCAUAGAACAUCGGACUCGGCUGGGGCUUCCCGUGGACCACCUGGUCAGUCCUGCCGAUCCCUUCUCUGAGCCGACGCACCAGCGGCCCCCAUCCGCGACAUCGUCGGCGUUCUCCUCCAGCACCUCGUCCCCCACCAAUUCCGUCUUCCGCUACUCGCGGCCGUCAAACGGGGUGCCCAUCCCUCGACCGGCGUCACAAUUUCGGCGGCAGGACAGCCACGACACAUCGGAUGUGUCCACGCCUCUUUCCCAUUCGCCGUCGUCCGCCUCCGACGUGUUCUCGGGCUUCUCGUCGUCCUCCUCCGCGAACGCCGUCAGCGCGAGCUUCGCCAGCGUCAACAGCGCGCUGACGAGCCCCCCGACGUCGUUCAACCCCAACGCCGUCACGUUCGCCGUCCCGUCGCGCGGGCUGACGUACCCCUCCGUGCCCCCGCCGUCGCUGUCGUCGUCCUUCGGGUCCCCGACCGUGUCGUACCACAUGCAGCAGCACCGCGACCCGCUGCACUCGCCCGUCGAGCCGCCGAGCCGCCGCAGCUCGGUCCGCCGCGGCGCGCGCGUCGUCGAGUCGGGCAGCCUCCGCGGGACGAGCCGCAGUCUGAGCCAGGGCCGCAGCGUGGAGCGUGGGGGACGGGUGGCGGAGACGGGGCAGCUGGUGCCGCGGAGCCAUGCGGAGGGACACACGCUGGCCUCCACGACCGAGGUGGACGGCAUCGAGGUGGACGGCAUCGAUGAGUGACGACGCGCGGUGGGUCGGUCUGCUCCUUCUCUGCGCUGGGCUUUCUCAACAAAUGUACUGUAUAUUCAAUAAUUCUCUCGUAGACCGUCCUGUACUUUUAGUUAAUCGACCGCCGCCACUUCACCCCUGGAUUCGUAGGGACUUCACCCAUUUGGGAUGUGGCGGUGCCACCUCGUGGUGAUUGAUGGGGAUGAUGAUGGGGGUAGCACAUGGCCGCGGAGUCUGAAAAAAUGACUCCCUAUAAAGCCCGCUUUGAUCCCGAAUUGAAAUUUGCUUCUGACCAUGUCUUACUUCCAAGGCCAAGGUGGUCAAUAUACCGAUGAUUAUGUAUCACAGUCUCCGAGAGAGCAGCCGCCGCCCUUCCCGCAGUGGGAGCAGCAGCAGCAGCAGCAGCAGCAUCAACAACAAGACCAGCAUUCCCAAGACCCGACAUCCCAGCAGCAUACGACGCUUGAGCAUCAUCAUGUUAGCCCCCAGCACGCCAGUACACCGUUGUCUAUUCCGCCUCCGCCAUUACCAGUAUACCACCCAUUGGACGACCCGACUCAGCUAGUAGUGCCCAGCCACGUCCCAGGACGCGGGACGCACGAUCCCACGCCUAUCCGGCUUAUCCCGGCCCAGCGCUCACCGCCAGUAGAAAUCAAACCUAUCAUGCUACAGGUCGACACCACCGCCACCACCACCGCCCGCUCGACAGCAGCGCCCAGUGCACGGCCGGCCUCGCGCGCGCGCGCGCACCAGUACCACCCGUAUACCCGCCCGUCGAGCGCGAUGGGUCUCCGGCGCGACGCGGAGGCGCAGCAGCACCACCACCACCACAUUCGGUUCGCGAGCCAGGCGAGUACCCCGCAGACGCUCUCUGGAUCGGCGAUGCCCUCGCCCGUGAUGACGCGGCAGACCUUCCCGUCGCCGCCUGCCGUCAGGUGCGCGGUUCCGCUCGUGUCUGCGCGAUUGUAGUUCAUGCACUGUCUAGCGAUUACGGCCAGCAGGGUCCGUCGUCGUCGUCGGCGCUGUUCGUCGCUGGAUCGCCGCAGGACGCUGGGGGAGGGGGUGUCUUCACGCCGUACGUCCCAGCCGUGCCUGCCGUCCUCCCGGACGACAAGCGGUACAUCAUCCGCGCGGACACGCACUACGACUCGGACCGCCGCAUGCUCGUCGCACUGCUCGAGCUGCCCGGCGUGAAGCGGCACGACGUGCGGGUGUGCAUCACGACGACGCUGUUCAACCGCGUGCGGCAGGUGACUGUGCACGGGCACUCGCGCGCGCCGUUUCCGGUAACUUCGACGGCGGCCAUCCGCGAGCGCAAGUACGGGCGCUUCAGCCGGUCGUUCCCCGUGCCGCCCGAUACCAGGGUGCGUCGUUUUUUGCUCCGCGUCUGGGACGUCUCACCGUUCGUCGUGUGUGCCAUGCCAACGCUCCCUCCCCGGCAGGCGGACGACAUUGUAGCGGCGAUGGAGGAUGGGGUUCUUACUUUGAAAAUAUCAUGUGGCCUGCCGGCUGCUUCAGCUGAUGAGCAUGAGAUACCCAUUCGAUGAGAGCGCCUGAAGACGACAAGGACAACAUCCGUCUGAGCAUCGCGGUAACAGACAGCAUCCUAAUUUAUCACUAUCCCCCCCGGCCUAUUCUCCCGACAUAUGUCUAUCCAGCAACCAACACCGACAGAACGAAACGAACAAUGUAUAUCCAGUCUAAGUACAUUCCACCCCGCGGAUAAUUUCUUGUUGUGCUACCGACCCUUUCGCCACCCGCCGCGCUCUCCGCCGCGCUCGAACCGAAUCGUACAGUAUGCAGCACAUUUCUUUUCUUUCUUGGCACACCGCAGUCUUGCUUUCCCGCAGAGUCAUGUCAUGUACAUAGAUAGAUACCGAGGCUAGCGUCGACUUUGCAGCAAAUGUAUACCAUCCUC